CAGAAUUACUUCCUGCACAAGUGAAGAACCCAAUGAGACUGCCUCGCAUCUGCUCUCCCUCUACAAGUUCACACGAGGAUCUUGCAAAGACCCUUUCCAACGCCACCGUUGCUGCAAUUCCUGCUACCUUUCUCUCUCCACUCAAUUCAUAUCUUCUGGUACCAGUUCAUGUGCAAAUUUAGAUUGCAUCGUUGCAUCUUCAGUCCUUGGUCAAAAUCUGAUCUCUGAUCGAUCUUGUUCACCUUGAUACUCCAUUGCACCACAUCAGAUUAGCAGUGUGCUACUAUCGCUUUGGAUUCUUGGUAGGUGCAGGUUCUUUGAUCGCCAUGGAGGUGGUGGAGGAAGCCAACGGGGCUGCCGUCGAGAGCUGCAAGAAGCUCGUCGCCUUCCUCUCGCUGUCCGCUGGCGAUGCUUUCCGGCCUAUGCCCGUAGCCGCGGAGACCGACGAGGCGGUCGCCCGGUUCGGCAAGGUGGUCGCCGUCCUGAGCGACAGGCUCGGCCAUGCCAGAGCAAGGAUCGGCAGCAAGAGCAGUCCGGCGCUUCCCGUCGAUGCAAGCUGCCUCUUGGAUCAUCCGUCGUUGGCACCGGGCCACUCACCCAACGGCCGGCACCUCGUCAGUAGUAUUCCGGCGCCGGCGCCGUCGGCGGCGACGAUGCGAAGCGUUGCGCCGAUGAGAGGCCAUGAAACGGAGGUGGCGCCGGCGGUCCUGGUAUCGCCUUGUGCCAACGUGGCACCGGCACCGGCGGCGGCCAGGAAGUUCGACAGGAACAUGUUCCUCGAGACGCCACUCCUGGAGCUGAACUCUUGCGGCGUGCUUCCCUCCACGCCCAUGGCGGCGGCGCAGAAGAACACCUCGACAGUUGUUACCGCCCCCUCGCCCAAUCCUUGCACCACCAUCGCCAGUCAUAUCCAGUUCCAGCCGCAGCAGCAGCAGGCGAAGAAGCAGAAGAGCUUCCAGUUCGACCAGGCGCCGAGAGGGGAGCAGUUCCACAUCGAGGUGCCGGUGCCGCUUCCCCGGGGCGGCGGCGGCGGCGCCAAGGAGGUGAUCAGCUUCAGCUUCGACAACAACUCGGUGUGCACCUCCUCGGCGGCGACUUCCUUCUUCACCUCCAUCAGCAGCCAGCUGAUCAGCAUGUCCGACGCCGCCACGAGCUCCGCCGCCACGGCGAAGAAGGCUUGCGCCAAGAGAGGGGAGGACGGCAGCGUCAAGUGCCAUUGCCCAAAGAAAAAGAAGCCGAGGGAGAAGAGGGUGGUGAGGGUGCCAGCGAUCAGCGACAAGAACGCCGAUAUACCGGCGGACAACUACUCAUGGAGGAAGUAUGGGCAGAAACCGAUCAAAGGCUCUCCUCACCCAAGGGGGUACUACCGGUGCAGCAGCAAGAAAGACUGCCCGGCGAGGAAGCACGUGGAGCGGUGCCGCAGCGACGGCGGCAUGCUGAUCGUCACCUACGAGAACGACCACAACCACGCGCAGCCGCUGGACCCCUCGGUGCUCCCCGCAAACGCGGCAGAAGCCUGAGAGGCGAGAGCAUCAUAUCGGAGCCUGUCAAUGUCAUGAGCGACACAUAAAGAUCGACCAGCUGCGACCACGGGAAAUCUCUGCAGCAAGCAUGUCCUUGCCUUAGGAUUGUUCAGGCUGAUGUAAACGAACGAAGAGCACGAAUUCUUUCCAAGAUGUACAGUGAGAACUCGAUUGCAUUGUCACUGCUUUUGUUCCUUGUGUUUGUGUAGCUACAUUCUUUGCGACGAGGCAUCUAGUUUGCGCAUGCCAAAGACUACUGACUAGAUGAUUUCAUUGUUGUACA